UCUCUCUCUCUCUCUCUCUCUCUCUCUCUCUCUCUCUCACUUCUUAAAAUAACAUGUACAUGAACCAAGCUUGGAUUUGGCAACCAACCAUGGGAUCUAAUCACAAUCACCAUUACUUCCAAUUUGAGCAAGAACAAGACCGAGGGGUCUACAGGAAGGAGCACAUGUUUGAAAAACCUCUGACGCCGAGCGACGUCGGAAAGCUCAACAGGCUAGUGAUACCGAAGCAGCAUGCUGAGAAGCACUUCCCCCUUGACAGUGAAUCAGGGGAGAAGGGGCUCCUCUUGAGCUUUGAGGACGAGUCAGGCAAGUCUUGGAAUUUCAGGUACUCGUACUGGACAAGCAGCCAGAGCUACGUGCUCACUAAAGGAUGGAGCAGGUAUGUGAAGGAGAAGAAGCUUGAUGCUGGUGAUGUGGUACUAUUUGAGAGGUGCAGGCUUGGGAGCAGGAGUGAUGAUCGCUUGUAUAUCGGCUGCUGCAGGCGUCGAGUUUCUAACGAAACUGCUGCCCCUUCAGCUUCAGUUUCAGCUAGGAGCCCAUCAUUUUAUGCAGCAGGAGCGUCUACUCCUUAUGCAGCUCCCUAUUACUACAUGAGCCCAGUGAAUUCAGGAGAUCAGGCUGCAGCUAGCUCCAUGGAUAACACGGUGGCGGUGGCCACGACGGGGAAUUCGAGGAGGCUGAGGCUCUUUGGAGUGAAUUUGGAGUGUGGGCCGGAUCCAGAAGAGCCUGACCAGCACUCGGCGUCAGGUGCAUGGAACCAGUUCAUGCCCACCAAUGCCUCCACCUCUCAAUUGUAGUCAAUAUGGACACGGAGGGGGAGAUCUGGGGCCAUAUUCUCAAAACCCGAACAACCAAUCAAAUUAGACCUCAGCCCAAGCGACAUUUUUGAUGGACUUGUGAAGGAACCAGAGAGGAGAGAAAAGCAAGACGGAGGGGGAGAAAAGAG